AUGGUUGAUUAUGGACCAGACGUCAAAGUCAAGGCCGCUUUUCAUGAUCCUCUGGUUUUGAGGGCGGAGGGAAAUGUGCCCGAGGGUCAGUCGGCCAGAGGGCCUCCUCCCACCAAGGUCUUACAACUUCAUCCAACAAGAAACAGUAACUUAUUCACAUGGUAGACAACGGAAAGAUACCAUCCAAACGCCCCUAGGUCAUCCUGUACAAUCAACCGCCAGCCCAUACGGAACAUUCAACUCAGCCUCCCCAACUCUUCUCAUUCCAAUGCGGCCCAAACAAGAAGAACACAACCAACCCAAUCCAAAACGUCCAAACUCCACACCGAAUCCACAACGGCCUCUCUCCCUCCCUCCUCAUCCACUCAACACCAUCCUCCGACUCGACAUCCAAGCCAUGCUCAUCCGACUCCUCCGACGCAAGAUCGGACAUGGACCCGUUCCGAAGACUGAGCGGGACGUCGGUGUUGCGCAACAUCAUCAUCAUCGUCCCGUAGUGGUCCUCCUCGCCGUCAUAUCUCUCCACCGACGAAGACGAGGACUUGUCGUCGCUGCUGUCCUCUUUCAUGUCUGCGUAUUUCUGCAUCAGACGACGGAACGACGGGUCGAAAAGGGCGGGACGGGGCUUUUUGUCCUUGGCGGCGGUGGUACUGGUGACGGCUUCGACUUUCUUUUGGGUGAGAGGAGCUGCGGGUUCGUGGGGGUUAUAAUGGUUCUUGAGGAGAGCGGCGGGUAGACGCGUCGUCGUCGUCGUCGUCGUCGUCGCUUUUUCGGGUCGCCUGGGCAUCCAGUGGUACCAGUCCGGUGUGGAAUCGUCUGGGAUCUCUGGAUGGGGCAGACGUGCUGGUAUAUGACGGGAGUUAGGAGGGCGUCCUUUGAUUAUGGCGGUCAUUUUUCUUUUCUUUUCUUUUCUUUUUUUCUGCUCCUCCUUUCUGCCGCGGGUGAAAGAUUCUUGGUGAGAUAAAAGACUCAAGAGGGCCGGUCAAGCUUUGCGUUCGGUUCUUUCUUCUUUUAAAUGACGGAUUGAUGCCGUACAGUGAUGUGAAGUUCAAGAGGGAAAAGAAACGCAGAUGGAAGAGCAAG